AUGGAAGAACUAUACCAACAACUAGAAUGGAUAAACGAAAGACUUACCAUGAUUAAUGCCCAAAUCAGAGCACAUUCAAGAUCCCAACCAAUACAUCAGAAUGUCAGACCAACCUAUAGAAUAAAAAAGGAGAAGUUAGAAGUAAAAGACCAUAUGAAGAAAGAAAGAAAAGAAAUGUAUAGAACUUACCCAACAUCCUGGAAACUAGAAGGCAGGAUAAGAGAGACCCAUUUUCAGCAAAUUCGACAACUAACACCUGCGAUACUUAAUGCCUAUGCCGAUCCUGAUGAAUUUGUAGAAAAACUUCAUGUUACUGAAUGUGAAGCUCCUGUACAAAGGUGGGCCUGGGAAGAGGUCCUAGAAUCCCUGCUGGAAACACUGAAUAUUGGAAUUGAAGUUGAAAAGGACGAUCCUAAAGGACUUGAAUGGUAUUUGGAAAAGGCUGAAGAGGACCCAGCUGGACUGAAUAAUGAACCAAUCAAGAUGGAUCAUCAAAGGCCUGCGGAUAUAGAACAUGCAGUUGAGGAGUCCAAACCUGAUUUUUAUCAGGAAUUUGAAGAUACGGAAGAUGAAAAGAAAGUCAAUAAUGAUGGUGUUAAUGAUAACGAUAAUACGAUAUUUGACUACAAUGGAACCAAGAUCAAGAAGGAUGGAAUUGAAGUUGAAAAGGAUAAACGUAAAGCCCUUCGACACUCACCAAAGUGUAGACUAUGCGUCUUCGAUCCUGGUGGAGAAGCCCCGGUGGUUUGA